AUGGGGGCCUGCCAAUCAUGCUGCGGAGGCAAAUCUCGCGAUGGUCUCUACGAACCAGUAUUGGCCGAUAGCGAACGAGAAGCUGUCGCCGAUCUACUCCAAUACCUCGAGAACCGCGGCGAGACGGAUUUCUUUUCUGGCGAGCCUCUUCGAGCUCUAAGUACCCUUGUAUUUUCCGACAAUAUCGAUCUUCAAAGGAGUGCAAGCUUAACGUUUGCCGAGAUCACGGAGCGAGAUGUUCGUGAGGUCGACCGCGAUACGCUAGAACCCAUCCUUUUCCUACUUCAGAGUCCCGAUAUUGAAGUACAAAGAGCAGCCAGUGCUGCGUUAGGGAACCUUGCCGUUAAUACCGAGAACAAAGUCUUGAUUGUCCAACUAGGCGGCUUAACUCCGCUUAUACGUCAGAUGCUUUCUCCCAACGUCGAAGUACAAUGCAAUGCUGUAGGAUGCAUUACCAAUUUAGCUACCCAUGAGGAGAAUAAGGCAAAGAUUGCACGAUCGGGAGCCUUGGGUCCGCUUACUCGACUGGCCAAGUCAAGAGAUAUGAGGGUUCAACGGAACGCAACCGGCGCCCUGCUCAACAUGACACAUUCAGAUGAGAAUCGACAACAGCUCGUGAAUGCAGGCGCCAUCCCCGUACUGGUCCAACUUCUGUCGUCUCCCGAUGUCGAUGUUCAAUAUUAUUGCACGACAGCGCUUAGCAACAUUGCCGUCGACGGCAACAACCGCCGGAAGUUAGCUGCGUCGGAGACCAAACUUGUCCAGUCCCUCGUUAACCUAAUGGACUCCUCCUCUCCCAAGGUGCAAUGCCAAGCCGCAUUAGCACUUCGAAACCUCGCUUCGGACGAGAAAUAUCAGCUAGAUAUCGUCCGGGCGCAAGGCCUUAAUCCGCUGCUACGUUUGCUCCAGUCCUCUUACCUACCUCUAAUCCUCUCCGCGGUUGCUUGCAUACGUAACAUAUCCAUCCAUCCCUUAAACGAGUCUCCUAUUAUCGAAGCUGGAUUCUUAAAGCCCCUAGUCGACCUUCUAGGCUCCACCGAUAACGAGGAAAUCCAGUGCCAUGCCAUAUCGACCCUCCGAAACCUUGCCGCGAGUUCUGACCGUAACAAAGCACUAGUCCUUGACGCUGGUGCGGUACAGAAAUGCAAGCAACUUGUCUUGGACGUUCCGGUGACCGUCCAGUCGGAAAUGACGGCUGCAAUCGCAGUUCUUGCGUUAUCUGACGAGCUUAAAACACACUUGUUAAAUCUCGGCGUGUUCGACGUGCUUAUUCCCCUAACACACUCGCCAAGCAUUGAAGUUCAAGGCAAUAGCGCCGCAGCCCUCGGCAACCUGUCCUCGAAGGUUGGCGAUUAUUCCAUCUUCAUCCAGGAUUGGACAGAACCAAACGGUGGCAUUCACGGUUACUUGAGUAGGUUCCUGGCCAGCGGCGAUGCCACGUUUCAGCACAUUGCUAUUUGGACUCUCCUCCAAUUGUUGGAAUCUGAAGAUAAGACCUUGAUUUCACAUAUUGGGAAGUCGGAUACAAUUGUGGAGAUGAUUAAACAAAUCGCGAAUCGACAAGUCGAGUCAGAUAACGAAUACGAGGAAGAUGACGAGGGCGAAGUGAUCAACCUUGCGCAGCGCUGCCUGGAGCUGCUUGGCCAGAGUAUGUCGAAGGCGCACAUAGAAGGAUGA